UUGUCGUCUGUUUUGACCCUCUCCGCGCACCGUUCUUCCACAAAAUACAAAAUGGCUUCAGCUGAGUCUCAGCCGCGAUUCGGCCAGUCUGUCAAAGGUUUAUUGUCCGACAAAGUCGGCUCUUGCAGCGGGGACGUGAUCGCGCUGACCCGCCAGGUCCUGAAGGGGUCCCGGAGUCAGGAGCUUCUCGGUCAUGCAGCCAGAAACAUGGUGAUUCAGGAGGACGCCAUUCUGCACUCUGAGGAUAGUCUGAGAAAAAUGUCCAUCAUCACGACUCAUUUACAGUAUCAGCAGGAGGCCAUCCAGAAGAACGUGGAGCACUCCAGAAACCUGCAGGACCAGCUCACACACCUGCUGAAGUGACCUAGACCUCUGUCUGAAUCAUUUCUGGACAAAACCAGGAUGAUUCUGAGGUUGACAUCAGUGGAUCAGAUCAAAGCACACGUUUAAUGAGAGGUGUGUGGUUGUGUUUGAAAAUUCAGUUAAAAACUUCUUCCCCAGGAUUCAGACACAUCUGUGAAGGUGUGGAAGAGGUGAGGAACCAUGGUUCUGAAAUGGUUUGUUGUUCCAUGUGAUAAAUGAUCUGUUUAAAACACACGAGCUGCAGGACACGGUCAGCAUGAGGGAAGAAAUCUUCAGCAGCAUAAACUACUGAAGCUUCACAUCUCACCUCUGCCAAGACUUUUUACACCUAAUUAUUCUCCUCAUUUAAGUGUGUAAAGAUCAUCAUCCAACCCUGACAGGUCCUCCUCUUCCUCAUCAACGUCCCAGUCCGACCCCGGCGAGAACAAGGACCCUCUGUCUAAAAGCACCUUCUAGUCUUCAGAGAUUUCUCACAUUUUAAGAUGAAACAAGCCUAAAAGUGAAAUAAUUCUUUAUUAUAACAAUAAUCAGAGGUAGAAAUGACCUUCAUCAGCUCAGUUUCAUGAUUAUGAGCGAAGGAACAAGCUUAUCAGCAGCCUGAAGGCCAAACAGCUGACUGGCCCUGACAGCAUCCCUGACAGCGUGACAAGUCUUCCUCCUUCAUGCUGCUAGUCUUCGUCAUGCCUUGCUGAAGAUGAGCAGACUGGGGGGGGGGGGGGGGGGGGGGGGGUUCCAGGUUGCAAGGCUAACCGACUAAAAGACUAAUCAUUUGUCCUCAGCGACCAUCAGCUGGUUGCUGCAUCAUGAGAUGAGUGUAAAAUGACCUGUAGUUCGUAUGUUUACCUCCAGACGGCCAUCUGUUGCUUCACUUUCAUUUGUGACCAAUGAAUGAAGCUGCAGUGGCUUUAAAGAAAGUGCCAAUUCCAUCAUCUGGAAGGACACAAAUCGAUCCACUUCUCACACUUAAAGUGUCCGAUGUUACAGAACAGAGCGUUUCCUGCAGUUACUGUUUCUGUUUUCCUGUGAGAUCGGUGGUUAUCUUCAGAAAAUUUUAUUAAUCCCUCUGGGAGGUUCCCUCAGGGAAACUGAUGCUCCAUUAUACUCAGCACUGUUAUACUAUCUUAGCUCAAAUGACAAGUGUGUUUAGGAUUGGGUCGGGUAUAUGUUUUUCUAAACUUACACAUAGGGACGUCAUGAUUCGUGUGCAUGGUGUAGAAAGCGCUAUGUGGUCUUCCACGUCGACAGCAGCCUGUUCGGCUGUGGUGUGGUGCUCUCAGAGCACCACAUCCAUCCUCUACAGUCCAUUAAAAGGCUAUCGGACAGCCUGCUCCUCAUCUACAGCAACAAACUACUUUUAUCCCGGAGUUGAAUGAUGUAAUUCUGUGUGUAAAUGAUUGUACAGUCAUACAGUAUGUUGUAUUAUUAAAAGUAAUUAUGUGAUA